AUGACUUUUUGUUUAAAGCCAUCUGAAAUAUUUUACUCACAGGAUUCAAUUAACAAUGUAUUUGAUAGAAAUUCACAACACAGGAACAUACAGAUUGGUGAAACUCUGGAUGCUAUUUGUGAUGGGAGAACCAGCGUCCUGUCGAUACCUACAAUUUCCGUAGUGUCAGUAUCCGGAAAAUGGAUAUCAGCGGACAACCGCCGACUGUGGGUGGUAAAACAACUAGAGCGUCUCGGGAAAGUAGAAACGAUCAACGUGCAUAUAGCCGGGUACAUACCAUCGAGGAAAAUGACAUCAAAUAACGGUGGAGUGUAUAUAAGAGUGAGAGGACCCCCAGGUGGGCGGUGGUAUUUAGAACCCGAUAAGCGAAUAAGGACAAUACCAGAGGAACAGAUGAAACAUACACUUCGUAAACAGUCAGUGAGUAUACCAACUGAUCUGCGAAGCAGUCGUAAAUUGGCUUGGUCUGAAUCAGAUAAGGAGACACCUUAUCCAAAGGGUAAUGGGAACAAAACGAAUCAACCGUCAGCUUCAUCAUAUGUGUCUCCGCAAACACAUAGUCCAUUGUUUGAGACGGACACUAUCGAAUCACAUAGGUCAGGUGCAAAUGAUGGUCAAACAACAUGUACACAACGAAAAAAUGAUUUUAGAUUUUUCAUCGACCGAAACUCCGACAGUCUUUACAGAGGGGUUGUUAGACAAUCCGUGUCAGCACGGCAAUCCGUACUUGACCAAUCAAUUACACAGAGUACCCGCGCUAUGUCCCAAGCCACCUACAGCCACGACAGAAGCGCUGCUCGACAAACACCAACUGCAAGCCAUUCAGCACAGGACCAUUCACUUCUACGUUCCAGCGAUAUCAGUCCAGACACCGACAUUCACGACACAAACGCUGUCAGAAAAUCAUCGACAGCAAGCCAUUUAGCUCAGAUACAUUCACUUCUAAAACUUUACCGCGAUAUCCCUCGAAACACCGACCGCCACGACAGAAGCGCUUCAAAACAAACAUCGACAGUACGCCGUACAGCACAGGACCAUUCACAUCUACGUUACCGCGCUAUCAGUCCAGACGACAACCACGACAGAAGCGCUUCAAAACAAACAUCGACAGUAUGCCGUACAGCACAGGACCAUUCACAUCUACGUUACCGCGCUAUCAGUCCAGACUACAACCACGACAGAAGCGCUUCAAAACAAACAUCGACAGUAUGCCGUACAGCACAGGACCAUUCACAUCUACGUUACCGCGCUAUCAGUCCAGACUACAACCACGACAGAAGCGCUUCAAAACAAACAUCGACAGUAUGCCGUACAGCACAGGACCAUUCACAUCUACGUUACCGCGCUAUCAGUCCAGACGACAACCAUGACAGAAGCGCUUCAAAACAAACAUCGACAGUAUGCCGUACAGCACAGGACCAUUCACAUCUACGUUACCGCGCUAUGAAUCCAGACAACGACAGCCACGACAGAAGCGCUGUUAAACAAGCAUCGUCAGCAAACCAUUCAGUACAGGGCCAUUCACUUCCACAACUUUACCGCGCUAUGAAUCCAGACAACGACAGCCACGACAGAAGCGCUGUUAGACAAGCAGCGACAGCACGGAAUUCAGCGCAGGGCCAAACACUUUUUGAACGGUACUGCGCCAUUAGUACAGACAACGACAGCCACGACGACAGAAGCGCUGCUAGUCAAGCAUCGACAGCAAGCCAUCCAGCACAGGACCAAUCACCGCGCUAUUGUUCAAGACACCGACAGCAACGGCAGCCGUUCAGCCAUUAAGUUGUUUGACGAGUUGUAAGUUGUAAGAUAAAUGUCGCGAAUAAUACUUUCUCGGAUUUUUUUUAUUUACCUGGGGCUAGUUUUACAAACAAUCCUAGACAAACAAAUAUGUUUUGCAAACCGGACAUGUUUAUGCCUCUGCUUUGAUGAGUGCUUAAAAAGUAUAUUUGCGUCACGAUCAACA